GUCCGGAGCUGAAGGGUCAGGAUGGAGAGAAGCUGCUGGAAACAGAUUCUGCUGCUGGUGCUGAUCUGUGUCUGCACAUGUGCAGAAGCCUCAUUUUCCCAUCACAUGGAGGACUUCAUCGGGGCGGUGAAGCUUGUGGAGAAUGAAGACCCUGGACUGGAGCCUUUAUCUGUGUUGAGGAUUCUGAGGAGGGCGGCCGGCCUUAAUGAUGCUUUCAUUCAGUUCUUCCUUGGUGAUGCGAACUCUGUUGCCCCUGAAAUAAGCUCUAACCUCUCUGCAUUCUUCAGGACGUCCGUGCAGCACACAGUGACCGCGGGUUCUGCAGAGGAAGGCGUGUUUCUGACCCCUGAUGGCACCACUGUCGCCCUAACGCCGCUCCUCCUCGGCUUAGAGGCUGGAUUCUUGUCUAGGCCUAACAAGCCAGUUCGAGGUCUGUUGCAGCUCACUCUGGCUAAAGAUCUGAACAGAUUCAAGCUGCAGAGAUCCCCACAGAUGCAGCUCCUGGGCCCUGAUGGCUGCUGGGACAGCAUCAGCGUCCCUCAAGUCUUCACCCUGAUGGACAGCCCCGGCCUGCUCACCACGGCUCAGAUCAACGGAGGCAUGGAUGGCGUGGUUUUAGGGAUGGAGAUGUCCAACAGCUCUAAACGUCCUCUGAAGCUGAGCGACCUGCUGAUGAAGUACUACUGCCACCAGCUGGAGAGAGGAGGUGUGGACGUGGCUCCGCGUCUCAUCAGCCGGCGCCGCAGGGAGAACUUCAGAGAGCUGGUGGAUGUUUCUGAGCUGAGCAGGCAGGUGGUGAGAGCGGUGGAGCUUCAGAGGAGACAGACAGGCCGAUCAAAGAUGGAAGUGAAGGAGAAGAGGCAGCUGUGGGCGCUGGUGAGAGAGGGAAUGACAGAGUUUGUCCAGAACUACAUGGUUUGCCCUCCCAUCAUGCCUCGCUGCAUGUGGGGAGCUAAGCCGUACAGAGGAACUCCCACCAACCUGUCUCUGCCUCUCUCCUACAUGUUCAUCCACCACACGUCCACACCUGGACAGCCAUGUCUCACCUUUGAGCAGUGCUCUGAAGACAUGCGCUCCAUGCAGCGCUUCCACCAGGACGACCGAGGCUGGGACGACAUUGGCUACAGCUUCGUUGCAGGCUCUGACGGGUACAUCUACGAGGGCCGAGGGUGGCUCUGGCAAGGAGCCCACACCCUGGGGCACAACUCUGUCGGCUACGGCGUGUCCUUUAUCGGAGACUACACCUCCAGCCUGCCGUCCCAGCACUCCAUGGGGCUGGUGAGAGACCGGCUGGCGUCCUGUGCUGUCAUUGGGGAGCGACUGAAGGUUGAUUUCACCCUGCAGGGCCACAGACAGGUGGUGGACACGUCCUGUCCUGGAGACACUCUCUAUGAAGAGAUCAGAGGAUGGGCACACUUCGGGGAGGUGGAGAAAUAACAACGAUCUGACUGUCAAGACGAACCAACAUUCAUCAAUAAAUACUUCUAUUAUGA